AUGGCUCCAAAAGGACCCAUCACGACGCCCUUCACGCAACUCAUGGGCAUCCAGCACCCAGUUGUUCUGGCGGGCAUGGCGCAUACCUCGGGCGGCGAGCUGUCCGCCGCUGUCUCAAACGCUGGCGGGCUAGGAGUCAUUGGUGGUUUGCAGUAUUCGCCAGACCAGCUUCGCGACAUCAUCGCGGAAAUGAAGGCCAGUUUCAAGCAGCCCGAUUUGCCAUUCGGCAUCGACCUUGCCCUCCCCCAGGUCGGCGGCAACGCACGAAAGACAAACCACGACUACACGCACGGAAAGCUAGACGAGCUCAUUGACCUUACCAUUGAGAGCGGUGCGAGGCUUUUUGUGUGUGCAAUCGGCGUCCCGCCCAAGCACAUCAUCGAGAAACUGCACAAGAAUGGCAUCUUCGUCAUGAACAUGGUGGGUCACCCCAAACACGCCGUCAAAGCCCUCGACCUCGGCGUCGACAUGGUUUGCGCCCAGGGCACCGAGGCCGGCGGUCACACCGGCGAGAUUGCAAGCUCGGUUCUGGUACCCGCCGUCGUUGAUGUGGCAAGGCGUUACAAGCCGCCCAUGCUCAAGGGCUCUACUGCCUUGGUCCUUGCCGCCGGUGGCAUCAGCAACGGCCGGGGCGUCGCCGCGGCUCUGAUGCAGGGCGCCUCUGCUGUCUGGGUUGGAACUCGCUUCGUGGCCUCGGUCGAGGCGAAUAGCAGCAACGAGCACAAGCAGGCCAUCUUGGACUGCGACUUUACAGACACGGAGCGGACCCUUGUCUUGUCCGGGAGGCCCCUGAGGAUGAAGCCCAACGACUACAUCAAGCGCUGGAACAAGAAUCCCCAAGAGAUACAAAGCCUCUGCGAUCGAGGUAUUGUCCCGGUUCAGCAUGACCUCGAAAACGGCGCAGAGGACAUCGACGUGCCGCACUUUAUGGGUCAGGUCGCGGGAUCAAUUCGAAGCAUCCAACCAGCAGGUGAAAUCGUUCGCGAGCUCGUCCAGGAAGCCUCUGAUAUGCUGAGGAUUGGGGGAUCAUACCUUGAUGGCGGCAGUAAGCUGUAG